ACCUGGACUUCGUUUUUAUAAACGUACCGCCGGGAUCCAACCUGUUGGAGGCAAAUAACGCUCCGCGCCAUGCCCGGCCCGGCACCGCGCCGCCGCCCGCGAUGUGCAAGGCCAUGAGCAAGGCGGCGAGCUGGGAGAUGGACGGACUGCGCGGCGACGGCGGCGGCGGCGGCAGCGGCGGCGGCGGCCCCGGGCAGGGCCGCAAUUUCCUCUCCUCGCCCGUCUUCGGGGCGGCGCACACGGGCCGCGCGGCCGCCGCCGCCGCCGCCGCCGCCGCCGCCGCCGCCGCCUCGGGGUUUGGCUACGGCGGCGGCGCGGAGCGCGCGGGGGCGGCGCGGCCCGACCCCCCGGGCAAGGACUGCGCGGGCUCCGCCGCGCCGGCCGCCGCCCCCGCGCUCGGCUACGGGUAUCACUUUGGCAACGGCUACUAUAGCUGCAGGAUGUCCCACGGGGUUGGCAUCCAGCAGAACGCCCUGAAGUCGCCCCCCCACGCCUCCCUGGGCGGCUUCCCCGUGGAAAAGUACAUGGACGUCUCCAGCCUGACGAGCACGAGCGUCCCCGCCAACGACGUCUCCUCCCGGGCCAAGGAGGUGUCCUUCUACCAGGGCUACACCACCCCCUACCAGCCCGUGCCGGGCUACAUAGACAUGGUCUCCACCUUCGGCUCUGGGGAACCGAGGCACGAAACGUACAUUUCCAUGGAGGGCUACCAGUCCUGGACUCUGGCUAACGGCUGGAACAGCCAGGUGUACUGUGCCAAAGACCAGACCCAGAGCUCGCACUUUUGGAAAUCGUCCUUUCCAGGGGAUGUUGCACUAAACCAGCCAGAUAUGUGUGUCUACCGGCGUGGGAGGAAGAAGCGAGUGCCGUACACAAAACUGCAGCUUAAAGAACUCGAGAAUGAAUAUGCCAUUAACAAGUUCAUUAACAAGGACAAGAGGCGAAGGAUAUCCGCAGCCACAAACCUGUCUGAGAGACAAGUUACCAUUUGGUUUCAGAACAGGAGGGUGAAGGAUAAGAAAAUAGUCUCGAAACUGAAAGACAAUGUAUCUUGAUCUAUUAGUUGCGGACAGUGAUGGAUAUAUAAACUCAAUUUACGACCAGCUAAAGACUUUUGGAAAGACUUGAAAAUAUAUUUAAUUUUUUUCUCCUUCCAGCGGUGGCGAAAUUUUGUGAAUUGUUUUUCAUGAAAGUCAGUGUUUUUCUUUCAGCCGAAAGGAGUGCUGGCAAACGCUGACUUAUAGUUCUGUUUCUUCUUUUUUUAAAUAAUAAUAAUAAUAAUAAUAAUUUCGGUUUUUCACUCUAGGCCAGUAUAAACGAAUUUAAGUGUGUUGAACGGUUGCAGUUAUAAUUUUCUUAAAUGCUUAACUCUUUGAGUUUUUUUUCUGUAAAUUUUUCUCCGAACAACAGCCGGUGCCAGAAAGUGUCAUUUUUUAUUUGGUAUCGUAAACUUCAAAACACGCCAAGCGAAAAAAAAAAUAGCAAACAGAAAACACGAGAAAGCCGGAUUCUGGACCCAUGGCAGCGCCCAGCUCCUUCCAAACUCCGCGGAGCCCACCGGGAUCCGGAGGGGAUUGCGAAAUGCGCGGAGGGGUAAUGUGUGCAGUCGGAUUUGUAAUUCCGUUUUUUGAGGGAGAAUAUAUUCCGAGCACAGCGCCAGAUAUUUCCCGGUUGCGUUUUAUGCUGUGAUUUCGUUUUCAGCCGAAGGAUUUGGUAUUCCCCAGGUGACAAAGGCGCAGCCUGUGGCUAGGAAGGAGCCUUUCUGGGAUCCCGGGCAGCGCUGUCCCGGGGCGGCAGCGCGGCCCCGCCGCAGGCAGGAGGGCGGCGCGGCCCCGGCCCCGGGGGGCACCGGGGGGCACCGGGGGGCACCGGGCGGCGGCGCGGGCAGCGCCGGGCUCGCGGCCCGGACAGGCUCCCUGCGAAGCGGGGACAGACAACGCGCGUGUUGUAUGAAAUGCUGGACUCGCGAUAGCCUGCUUGUCCGAGCAAGCCCAAGGCCCUUCUCCUUCCUCCUAUCACGGCGCUUAAAAAAACUUCUGGUUGGAGAAGUAAAGUUCACUGCUAACUUUUAAGUUGCAAAAAUUAAACGGGUGUUAAUGACAGAAGCAAUAAAUGAUGAAUUCCAAAAGAUGCCGUAAUUUAUGUAGGCCGAGAAGGCUAGGAUUGUGUUGAUUUUUGUUAUUUUAAACCUAGUGUGCAUGUUACGAUAUACACAGGGUGAUCUGGGUCAGACGCGCUAGUCAACUCCUAGGAGAGGGAAGCAAUAUCCUCUCUGUUAAUGUGCCUCGUCUAAUUAUGAAAGUGUGUGUGUUCCCAACUAGUAUUAUUUAUUAUAAUAUCCUAUUGCUCUAAACACUUUGAUUACCAAUGUAUGUGGGUAAGACAUACAGCAAGACUAUUUUUCCAUAAACCAUAUCUUUUUCCUUUCUCGUCUUAAAGUCUGCUUUUACUUUACGUUGUGUUGGAAAUACGGGCUGAACUUCCACGCUGUUAAUGAUGCUGCCAAAGUGUCCCUGAACCGUCUUUAAUAAAACUAUUUCUUUUCGAUA